GAUCGGGGACUGGUGAAGGGGCUGUCGGCGCCAUGUCCGGCCGCGAAGGUGGCAAAAAGAAGCCCCUGAAACAGCCCAAGAAGCAGGCCAAGGAGAUGGAUGAGGAGGACAAGGCUUUCAAGCAGAAACAGAAAGAGGAGCAGAAGAAACUCGAGGAGCUGAAAGCCAAGGCCGCGGGGAAGGGGCCCCUGGCCACAGGUGGAAUUAAGAAAUCUGGCAAAAAGUAAGCUAGUCCUCGUAUCUGAGGUGAUGAUGGUGACCCUCUUCCAUUCCUAUUUAAACAUCUGGAUCCCCUGCCAUAACAUCUCUGCCACCUACAGCUAGAAUGAAGUGUUAUCCUGGAGCCUGUUGAACAUCUGUAUUCCCUGCCAUAACAUCUUUGCCACCUACAGCUAGAAUGAAGUGUUAUCCUGGAGCCUAUUGUACAUUGUAAUAAACUUUUGUAGUAAAACAAAAAAAAAAAAAAAAAAAAA